GAUGCGGCAGCCGCCGCUCCACCACUAACGCAGCCACAACACGCAGUUGCACCAACUUUUUGUCCUUUUGAUGCUGCACUGGAAAGCUGGACGGAGUGGUCACGCCAAUUUGGAUUCCAUCUUGCUGCCUACAGAAUUCAAGGAGGCUCUGUCAGUAGUGUACCAGUGCUGUGAGAAGCUGCGAGAGCCAGUUCCGCAAAGGACAGAGGCAGCUAUGGGCCGCAGCAUGCUGGGGGCAGCAGUACAUGCAACAUGGGCAAUGGUAGCAGAAGCAGUAGCACAGGAGGCAGAGCGGUUGCGUGCCACCUGGGGACUGCCCCUCAAGCCGCCAGGUUACUUCUGGCAGCCACCAGUUAUACUGCCAAUCUCCUCCAGGCCCUCCACAAAAGCCACCGACAAGGCCUCCUCUGCCAGUCGGCAGAAGCGCUCUGGAAAGCAGGCAUCACCCUCGUCAUCAGUACAACCAUCAGCCUCACAAGAGUCCGGCCUCAAGGCAGAAGUAGACCCGGCAACAGAGCAUACUUAUCUGGCAGCUCUGUAUGUGUGCACCUACCACCACGUGGCCACUGCUGUCGACUGGACAACUGCUGCGAUAGAGUCACAUACUGUGCUCACACCCUGAACCUGCUGCUAGUUGCCCAAGCGAAAAUAAAUGUACCUUACUGGAGGACAGUAUGUCAGCUACAUCGCCUUCACCUAGAAGAAUUUGGAGCGACAUAUGGAACCAUUUUACCAAAAUGGAAAAAAAAAGGAAAAUGCCAUUACUGCCAGUAGAUAAUUUCCAUUUCCUCUGGCUCCAAUUCAAACCUGAAGAGACAUCUAAAAUCGAAGCAUCAAACAAUACCUGCAGAACGGUGUGGGUCAAGAAGCCGAUCAAGAUUGCCAUCAAUGGAUGCAGAAAUUCAAGAAAUCAUUUCUUGCGAAUCUACUUCCACCUCAAAUGAAGGUAUUCUCCCAGAAAGCCAAACUGAGUCUCAAGCUGUAUCCAGCCCAUCACUGUCAUCUGGUUCUGGACCAAGUCCUGAUUUAUCUUCUUUUGUGACCCCCUCAACUCCAACUGUUUAUCAUUUGCAACAACCCAUAAAUAGAUUUGUUAAUAUUAUGAAGCCAAUCACAUUAAACAAAAGUAUGGCAUUAGAUACACAACUUAUGAAAAUGAUUUGCAAAGAGUACCAUCCUUUCUCUAUAG